CUUAAUACGACGAAAAGAAUCCAGAAAAGAACAAAGCAGUCGUUUUUCAGCUUCCCCAAACCAAAAUAUCCUCUCUCAAAUUCUCCCAAUUCUCACGAUUUCUGCUGCCACUCUCAACUGGGUACCUCUAAUUCACCUCAGAAUGAAAUGGGCUUUCUCUAAUUUAUAAAAAUAUCGUGUCUUUUUCAGCUUACAAGAGUGUGAGGCAGCGGCGGCAAUCACCAUUUAUUUUCUUGUUUACUGAGAAAUAGAAAUGUCGUUCAAAAUCAAUUCCUCAUUCUCAUGUCUGUCUCCGCAUCUUUCUUCCCCUUUUCAAAGAGACGGAAAGCAGCUCAAUCUAAGGUGGAGGAAAGGACUGUUGGGAAGGCAGCAUUUUGAUGUACAAAUUCUGAGCAAUUGCAAAGUUGUUCAGUCGUGCCAGCGUGGAAAGCUAAUGCUGAAACAAACCUUGUCGAAGAGGUACAAUCUCCUUGCCAUCUCCGAAGAUCAAGAAUCAUUCAGUGAGCUUGAAGGAGAUGGUUUCGAGCUGGAAGGACAGGGCGCUCCUUGUGAAGACAAUGGCUCUUCGAAUACUUCCUAUGAUCAUACUGAAAGAGCUGUGGGGAAACCGGGAUUUAUUUCUUUUCAUGGAAGCGUGCAGCAGAGAAGAGAUGAAGAAGUUAUUGUUCCUGGUCCCGUGAAAGAUCAAAAGAACAUUUUGUGGCUUGUUGGUCCCACUGUCCUUGUUGCAUCUUUUGUCUUUCCUUCGCUUUACCUACGCAGAAUAAUCUCUUCGAUAUUUGAGGAUUCCUUAUUAACCGACUUUCUAAUAUUAUUCUUUACGGAAGCCAUAUUCUACUGCGGAACUGCUGUCUUCCUUGUCUUGCUCGACCGUCUGAGGAGACCUAAGGAACCAACCUAUGCUGAAACGAGCCAAAUUCUUGUUCCUCGUUUUGGAGACCGCAUCUCUUCUGUUGCUGUAUUGGUUCUUAGUCUUGUGAUCCCGACAGUGACUAUGGGUUUCGUCUGGCCCUGGACCGGCCCUGCAGCUUCUGCGACUCUGGCUCCGUACCUUGUUGGAAUCAUUGUUCAGUUCGCGUUUGAGCAGUAUGCAAGAUAUGUCAGCUCGCCAUCAUGGCCUUCCAUUCCUGUCAUCUUCCAAGUUUAUCGGUUGCACCAACUGAAUCGGGCAGCACAGCUGGUAACGGCUCUCUCCUUCACCGUGAAGGGCGCGGAGAUGACGCCCCACAACCUGGCAAUAAAUAGCUCGUUGAGCACACUUCUCAACAUCCUCCAAUUCCUUGGCGUCAUCUGCAUCUGGUCGCUCUCGAGUUUCAUCAUGAGAUAUAUUGACGUGCCAAUGCUCAGCAGGAAGGUGGCGGAAAGCUGAACUUCAUCACCACGCCAUUAUGUCUCGGUAAUAUUGGUACUUAGUCGCUUCACAUUAACUUAGUCUGAUUAUGUUCAACAAGUGUAAAUUGAUAAUAAACACUUAGUUUGAAGCUGUUUUUUUUUUGUAAACUGCUCGUCUUUUAUAGAUCCGUUGCCUAAUAAAAGGGCUGAGCUA